GGCUGCUCAUUGGUCAGAAAGGAGGAAGAUGCGACGGUCAUGGACAAGAGAUUGAGUUUACAGAUGUGACUGAUAUUCCAAAAUUUCAUGCCCUGACAGGUCGCUUAUUCUACUAGUGUAAUCUAAUAGGAUUAAUAUCUACAAGGCCCGGCUGCUCUGGUGGAUUUUUUAUUUUAUUUUAUUUUCAUUCUUUCUUUGGUUUUGUAUUGUUUGCUCUCUGGGAUCGUUUCGUGUGAUGUCGGGCCCUCUCCCUGCUUUAGAUGAAGUCACUCCCUACAAAAUGUAGCUAGCUUCGGGUCGUUACGCCAGAAGAGUCGUCACUGAAGUAGCAUAAACGGUGAUCAGCCUCUGGAGCUACAGAUCCAACUCAUCUCCUCGUAGGUGCUGCUGUGUGAACGAUGCUCGAGCGAUGGCUGAUGUUGAGGCCACAUACGCAGACUUCAUCGCCUCUGGCAGGACGGGACGCAGGAACGCCCUGCAUGACAUCCUGCAGAGCCCCACUGACCCCGAGGGACGGGAGAUGUCCCUCACCCUGUCCCUGUCCCAGCUGCACAUCAAUGCAGGGGGAGGAGAUGGAGAUGACACAGAGGACAGCCAGAGUUCCUCCUCGGCCCAGAGGGAGGCGGAGCAGAGGAAUAGUUAACCUGCCACUCUCUCAUGUCAGCAGACAGAGAGCUGCAGGGUGGAUUCCAGCUGCCAUCGCGACCAGUCUGUUUGCCCAAAGUGGGCUGGUAGUCGGAGGGUAGUGCCAUCGAUGCUGAUUUGCCCCUAAGCGGGGCACUGAACCUCAAAAUCCACUGGAGAGGUGCUGCUAUGUGAUCACCCAGAGCACUGCUGUGCACUAGAAUAACAGAUUGAUUGCAGGGUGCUUUUCAGAGUUGCGGAAAGACACAUUCGUAUCUGUUAUAAAAUCAGAUUUUAUUUUCAGUCUUAGUUACUAAACACCUGGAUGACUGAAAUAAAAAGACAGGGCUCCAAUGUGAGUUUUAUAGUAGUUGAAGCAAUUUGUAAGACCACUGAGACGUGUUGGUGUAAUAGGUCACAGUGGGAGUAGCAUGUUAGUAAAGGUAGUGAUGCUGAUAGAGAUUGUAUUGCCAGCUAAUGGCUUGUGCUUCCUUUAAAUGGACAACAUUGCAGAGGGAAAUGGACUCAGUUUUAGUGAAGCUGGAACAAACUGGGGCUGGAUUACUUUUGUAUAUGCUGAGGAGUGUGUUCACUGAUUCUGUUCUAUACCUUAGAAAGCAGCAGGCCGUAGCAGAGCAGUAGUGGUGUACAAUUCACAGGACAUAUUCCAGUGUCUCAGUGGAUAAAAAAAUAAGUGAUGACGGUGUACUAUAUUUUAAAAUGUUUAUAAUUUUUUUUAAACUUUUCUAACAAUCUCAUUGUAACCACAACAUUAUAGGUAUAGUUUGACAUUUUUAGUGAACACCUUUAUUCACUUUGUUUGGCUGAGAGUUAGUUGAGAAGGAAUGCUACUGCUAAGCUUUAGCCUAGUAUAAAGACUGAGGAACCUAGCUAUGUGUGUCCAAAUGUAACAAAACUUGCCUAUGAUCACCUCAAAACAUCUGUUGGCUUAAAAAACUUGUGUUCAUGGGUUACAGAAGAAAUGUUACCUGGUCAGUUCCCAGUGGCGUCUUUUCAAUAUGAAUUUGCAUCUACAAGCUAACAGGUUACCCACGGUUAGCUUCGUAAAUUGGUAACCACAGUGCCUUCUAGACACCAACAGUUGCCUAGCAGCAUGUGUUCUGACAACAUAUAAUUCAUGUUACCACUUGAACACCAAACAUUUUGUGUGCAUGACUUCCAUGAUGUCUAUAAAAACAACAAUUAUUGGUUUUGCAGAGAGUUAUUGCUGCCUUCAAAUGGAACUCGUGAACUUGUAUUUACAAGAUGGUAGCUUGGCAUGGCCAGAUUUAAUUCUUAUCAGAAUAUCACAAUAUAACAUGCCAUUUGUGUGUGGUGCUUUUCAACUAAUACAGAGUAAAAAAAAAACCUGCUUAAGCGUGCAAUUGGAUAGUGCUACCAUGAAUCAGAGCCCUUUUAUUGUAAACUUAGAUGACGUGGAUGACUAUGUUGCUGUUACUCUUCAUUCCAUCACCACAUAAAAUCUGCCCACAUGAUUUGAUCGACCUAGCAUAUCUUUGCUGGACCAUAAUCUGUUCUCAAUGGAAUGACUCCAGAGCAACUUUCUGCCACAGAAUAUUUUGUGACCAUAAUUUGUGAGAAGACUGCUGCUAGGCUACUGUUGGCAACUAGAAGCCUUUGAUGCUAACUGUUAGCAAACUAACAAUCGGAUAAAACAAUGUAGGAAGCGUAAAAGCAUACCAAAAAUUUCUGGCCUCUGGGAAUAUAAGUAGUUCUCGACCAAACCUGCUGUUCACUUCUGUCAUUUCUGAGAAUGUUGGCACACAUGUCGUAAGCUUUGAUGUUGUCAUUAAUUUCCAUUCAUCAGUUUCUGAAUAUAACAAGUCAGUGCCAUUCAUAUGGACUCAUGAACACGGUAAAUACAACCCAAUUAAGUCAGUUCAAACAAUAGCUUGGUUGGGGGCAAUUUCCUGGCUACUAGAUGUGACUGCAGAAAGAAAUUCCUUCUGUAGUUCAAACAGUCAGCAUGGAGCGGAUUAAUUAGUGACCUUUAUAUCUGCUGAUAGAUAGAUAAGUUUGCUUUUGGACAGCGAGCCAGACGAGCCCCUCUGCUUUCGCGCAGUCUUAAUGCUAAGCUAAAAAAGCUCAAAUCUAGAGGACCUGGAGCACUCGUCUUCAGUUUUGUUGCCAUAAUUGCGACUAUUAAAGUCGAGUUUGUAAACCUGAUUGGUUCACACAGUUUACAAAUAAUUUUCUAAGCCGCAAAUUCAUGAAAUUAAAGAAAAAACAAAAAAUGUAACCUACAAUGCUAACUCAACUUGCUGGCUCUGAUGUAGUAAAUUAGCCAGUACACUGAUGCUUAGUUUAUCAGUACAAUGAUGCAGAUUUGUUCCCCAUACAUGGUAAAAUAUGACAGAAGAAAUAAAACACAAUGAGCAACACCUUCUGAUCAGUCAACACAGAAACAAUCUAGUAGUUGUGCAAAGACAUGUUAAAAGACAGUAGCACAAACUUGGAGCACUCUCCUCUUGCUGGAAUGCAUGAGGUCAAUAAAAGUGUGAUUGUCAUGACCUUUGUUAUUUCUUAAUCUGUCUGGAGGAUUGCUCCAAGUUUACUGUCCAUUUAUAACGUUGUUGUUAUUUCCCUUUUAUGCCGUUGAUCUCUCGAGAUUCCAGGUACACCCCAGAGAGCGGUAUCAAAAUCCUCAUCUAACUCUCACCAGUGAACCCAAUAAGCGUGUAACCCAAAAUGUCAAACUUUUCCUUAAAUGUAGAUAUGCAAUACUCAGUGGAGCUUCCAGUAACUGUAACAUUUGUUUGUAAGUGUGAAAGUUUCUAUAUCUGUGACACUGAGGCUGAAUUAAAUUCCUGUUACUUUGUGAAAUAGAUAACACACACUAAUCAUCUGUACAGAUCAUCGUGCAUGCACCUUUAUACACGUGUAUUCUUUCAUGUUUCUAUAGUUUUGCUAACUAUAACCUUCCUGUAACGCUGCAGCUUCACUGUGACUCAUUCAUGCCAGUAACAAGGAGCGAUCCGGUGUUCCAAGUUGUAAACUGCCAUGUGACUGUUUAGUGAUUCACUCCGGCUCCAAGAAGUAUCUAUAAACUCAGCUGUUCAUUACUGGGCAUGGAAAAGUAUGGCAGGUGCAUGGUUCUGCUAAAUGUGUAGCUGUUUGUCUGAACGUCUAUAACCACAUUUUCUACUCUUGGUGUCAAACAAAAGUGAAAUAAAUGACGGAUAAGA